AUGCCGAGUCAAAUCCUGCACGAUGACCUGUGGUGGCAGGGACCUAGAUUCCUGCGAUUUAGAAUGGAACAAUGGCCUGAGCAAGUUAUUAUGGUUCCAGAACGGCAUAUAGUUAACGAAGAAGCUCGGUCCGUUUUGGCACUACACGUUUGCGUCAGCGGAGAUGAACUCUUCGAUCGCUUCUCCGAACUAUCAAAAUUAAUAAAAUUCGUCGCCUACUGUCACCGUUUUCGAAGUAACUGUCGUACUCCAAAAGAUCAACGUUCGAAUGGACCGCUUUCGUCAGACGAAUGCGAGAUUGCAUUGAAGAAUUUGAUUCGUAUUACUCAACAUUCAGCCUUCCCAUUAGAGGUUAAAAGCUAUGCUCUUGCACAAGAUUCGCCGAGAAUACCGAAAUCACCACUCCGUAACCUCAACCUAUUAAUGGAUAAUUUCGGACUUCUGAGAAUUGACAGCCGAAUACGCAACUCUAAUGCUCCAUUUGAUAGCCGUUUUCCAAUUCUGCUACCAUCGAACCACAAACUUAGUUUCCUGAUUGCACGAGCAACGCAUCUCAAGACAUUACAUGGUGGUCCAUCACUCCUGCUUGCCACGUUGCGUCAACGUUACUGGCCGCUCCGGGGUCGCAAUCUGGUACGUAAAGUCGUUCGUCGCUGCGUGACCUGCUUCCGAUGUCAACCAAAACCUACCACACAGAUCAUGGCACCUCUACCAGCAGUCCGCCUCACACCAGCCCGUCCAUUCUCGUAUACGGGGUUGGAUUAUUGCGGGCCGUUUUACGUUCGUCCAUUGAAUGGGAGAGGAGUGUCGGUGAAAGUGUACGUAGCGCUCUUUGUAUGUUUAGUGGUGAAGGCUGUUCACAUCGAAGUCGUCGUCGAUCUCUCCGCUGCGUCGUGUAUCAACGCCGUGAAUCGCAUCGUCGCACGCCGUGGCCGUAUUAUUGAGCUACAUUGCGAUAAUGCGACCGCAUUCGUCGGAGCAAAUCGUGAGUUCAUCGCGUCGCGUAACGAGUUCCUGCAUCAGUUCAAGGGCGACGAGUGGCGACAUCACUGUUUGCACAACGGAAUCAGGUUUCGAUUUAUUCCUGCUCGUUCACCCCACUUUGGAGGACUCUGGGAUGCGGGAGUCAAGUCAUUUAAGCACCACUUCCGUCGCAUUAUGGGACCGAAAGCGUACACAAUGGACCAUUUUCUCACGAUUCUUGCUCAAGUGGAGGCUACACUCAACUCUCGUCCUCUGUCGCCUUUGUCGGACUCUCCUGAUGAUCUUGAUGUCCUCACGCCGGCACAUUUUUUAAUCGGUGAGCCACUAGUUACGAUUGCUGAACCCGAUCUGAGUCACAUAAAACCCGGACGCCUGGAUCGCUUCCAGGAGAUGAAGAAAUCAACGCAGGAUCUCUGGACCCGUUGGUCACGGGAUUACCGAAGCCAACUGCACCAACGAACUAAGUGGAGAAAUUCUCAAACCAACCUGAAGCCAGGACAGCUGGUUCUGCUGAAAGAUAACACUCCGCCGCUCCAGUGGCCUUUGGGGCGCAUCGUCGAGACCAUCCCUGGAAAGGAUGGUCAUGUUCGUGUGGUCGUCGUUAAAACGGCAACAGGGCAGUAUAAACGAGCUGUCACUGAGGUCUCUGUUCUGCCAACGGAUCCUGAUGCAGAAGACGAGUCAGAAGAUGUCAUUUCUGGUGCUCAAAAACAGUCGAGUGUCGGUUGA